AUGAGGGGCCACUGGUGGAGGGAGGAGAGGUACGGACGGGUGGAAGGCGGGGAGGUGCGGGUGCGGGCACGGUUGCAAUGGGCAGAGGAGGGGCACAGCGUGGGAGAAUGGCUCUUCACACUCACAGCCCCUCUUCCCUCUUUCGCACUCCCUUUCCUCCCCACCCAUCCUCCACCAGCGCUGCCGCGGGCGAGCGAUUUGGCGAUUGAGGGGCCGCUGGUGGAGGGUGGGGAGGUGCGGGUGCGAGUGCGGUUGCAAUGGGCCGAGGAGGGGCGCAGCGAGGUGGAGUGGUUCUUCACUCACACGCCCCACUCCCUUUCAACUGCGGACCUUCAGCCCAUCACUGCUGAGACCCCCAACUCCAUGGCCCUCACAGUGCCUCUGGAGGCCAUAGGGUCGCACCUGGCAGUGCGGCUGGUGCCGGUGCGGGCAGAUGGGGUCAAGGGCAGGCCUGUGGUCGCCGUGUCCUCUGCUGCAGUCACAGGCUUCAGAUUCACUCUUUUCCCUGCUCUGCAUUGCCCUCCCCUGCACUGCAUUGCCCUCCCCUGCACUGCAUUGCCCUCCCCUGCACUGCAUUGCCCUUCACUGCACUGCAUUGCCCUUCACUGCACUGCAUUGCCCUUCCCUGCUCUGCAUUGCCCUUCCCUGCACUGCAUUGCCCUUCCCUGCUCCUUCUACCCUCUCUCCUCCCGCCCAGAGGGCGAGCCGCAGGUGCUGAGUGCGGACAUGGAGGGGGAGGAGGAGGAGGGGGGUGUGCUGGUGGGGUAUUACACGUACCAGGGAGGGGCCGAGGGGGACUCGCUGCUCGAGUGGUACCGAUAUGCGGACGAGGAUGGCCAGCCGGGGCCACACGGCGAGUUGGUAGAAGACGAGGACGGCGAGCAGCCGCGGAUGGCAGGGGGCGGCAUGAGUCGGCAUGUUCCGUCCGCUAGCGACGUGGGCUGCUUCCUCUCCUUCCGCGUCACCCCUGUGCGAUCCGACGGGGCGGUCGGCACCCCCCAGGCUGUCUGCACGGCCGGCCCGAUCCGGGCGGCGCUGCCGUCCGUUAGUGACGUGUGGGUGGAGGGCGAUCUGGUGGAGGGCGGGCGGCUGGUGCCCAGGUGGACGUAUGCGGGCGGCAGACAGGGGAACACACGCGUGCAAUGGUUCUCGAUGCUGCCCGACAUGAGUGACAAGCGCCGCAUUCACCCAGCAGGCGCGCUAGGGGGAGAGGGGGGGCUAGAACAGGGCGGGGGGGGGGAGGAGGAGGGGGAGGAGGAGGAGGGGGGGCUGCGAGUGGGGGCGGAGGAGGUGGGGCGGGUGGUGAUGGUGGUGUGUGUCCCAGUGAGGGAUGAUGGGGAGGAGGGCGCGGCUGUUGAGAGCAGUCCCGUGGGACCCAUCAUGCCAGGUAAGGAGCAAUGCAAAGAAGGGGGAGGGGAUGGGGAGAAGAGGCAGGAAGGGGUGCGGGAGAGGCGAGGGGGGGUAGGACGGCAGCAGCAAGGGGAGAUAGGACUGCACGGGGUGAGGGGCGAUGGGGAGGAGGGGGGCGCUGCUGUUGAGAGCAGUCCUGUGGGAUGGGACCUAUCAUGGGAUGAGCAGUCCAGAGGGCAGCACGGGGUGCGGGACGAUGGGGAGGAGGGCGCGGCCGUGGAGAGCAGUCCUGUGGGGCCCGUCAUGGCAGGUAGGAGGCAAAGGAGGGAAAGAGGCAAGGAGGGGCGAGAGGGGCUGGAGGUGAACAAGUGGCUGCCAGCUCUCUUCUUGUUGUGUGUUCAUCUUAGUGCUACGGCUCAUCGCUACACGCUUCAGCCCACUUCCAAAGUUUCUCUCCUCUCCACUUUUCUCCCCCCUUGUCAUCCCCCUCUCCCCCCACCUCCGCCCUCACAGCCCCCCCAGCGUAUGUGCAUCUGGCAGCGGAUGGCGAUCUUUUCUCCCUCUCUGUCCCCUGCUGCUUGUUUUCUCAUGUACCCCAUCCGCCCUCCUCCAUGCGCCCCCCUCCCCCUGUGUGCCCCGUCUGCCUCCCACGUAUGCCCCAUCCGCCCCCCCGGAAUCUGCCCUUCCUAUGCGUGCAGGCAGCAGGGCGAGUGCCGGGUGGCAUGGGUGAGAGUGGCGGCCACAGGGGAGGAGCAGCUCGUUGGGCGGCAAGGCACGUACACAGUGACAGCAGAGGACGUGGGGAGUCGGCUGCGAGUGGAGUUCACUCCUGUGCGGACCGAUGGGGUCGUUGGGGAGGUGGCUGCUGUCACCACCGAUACAGUCACACCAGACCGCCGUGUGUGCAUUAGUGUGUUGGAGGGGGGCGUAUUGCAGGCAGGAGGGGAGAUGCUAGAGUGUGCUGCAGCGGGGGAGAGGGGAGGGGGAGAAGGCGGGCUGGGGGAGGGGAGAUCAGGGGAGGGUGGAAGGGGAGAAGGGGGAGCGGGGGAGGGGGAUGUGUGGGUGGUGUGGUACAGGCAGGGGCGGGAUGGGCGGAUGGAGCGGAUAGAGGGGGCGGAGGGGCGCACGUACGUGCCUCAGGAGGCUGACUACGGCUGCUGUGUGGUGGCGGGGCAGGGGCGGGAUGGGCGAAUGGAGCGGAUAGAGGGAGCAGAGGGGCGCACGUACGUGCCUCAGGAGGCUGACUAUGGCUGCUGUGUGGUGGCGGGCUGUCGCCCGUGGCUAUCCGAUGGCACAUGGGUCGAUGAAGUGCUCUCUGCUCCGGCUGUCGCCCGUGGCUAUCUGAUGGCACAUGGGGCGACGAGGUGCUCUCUGCUCCGGGGCCCAUCGUGCUGCCAGGUAAGUCCUUCCUUGCACGGGUCUGUCUGUGUUGCUGAGUGGGGCUGUGCUGAUGGGUGGGGCUGUGUUGUGCUGAUACCCCCUUCGCCUUCUGUUAUGCCUCCUCAUCCCCACCACCUCCCACCACCCCGACCAGCCCCCAACAUCUUCCACCAUCCCACCCCACCCCCCACCACCACCCACCACCCUUACCACCCUCCACCAUUCCCAACCAUUACCACCCCUCAUCACUGCACACCAGAGCUGUCGGACGAGGAGGCGGUGUCACUGGAGGUGGAGGGGCGGGCGGAGGUGGGGGCAGUACUGCACGCCCUGCAUGCUGUGUCGCCCGCCCUGGAGCCAUUCAUCACUGCCGUUCACAUGCAGUGGUGGCAGGCCAGCAGCGGCUCCGACUCGCACCGCCCGAUCGACGGCGCCACGUCAGCGCGCCUGCCAGUGACGGCGCGCCACGUGGGCGCGUACCUGCUGUGCUCCGCCACCGUGCUGGACUCGUUCGGGCGCUCAUUCAACUCUGUUGCCACCACCGCCACCCCCAUCGCUCCUGCCACUUCCACACCUAUCGCUGCCCCUGCUAACCUUGCCCUCUCAGCCCCCUCUGAGGCUGCGACUGCCACCCCAGCUGCUGAGACUGCUGCUGGGCCCCAUGGAGCCUCCCCUGGCGAUGCAGACAGGCCGCCUGCCUCUGAAACGUUGCUGGCUGCUCCCGCUGCCACCAGUGCCGCCACUGCGGGCGCUGCUGGAGAGGCUGCAGGCACAGAGGAGGCACGGGGCAUGCAGGGGGCGCAGCAGCAGGGUGAGGGCGAGGGGGCCGUGCUGCUGGAGGGAGGCAGGGGAGCGGCACAAGGCAGGCAUGAACGAGGAGUGCAUGAGCAACGAGGGCGUGAAGGAGGGCAGGACGGCCAGGCAGGCCGCGUGGGGGAAGGGCAUGAGCAAGUGCGUGGAGGCAUAGGGGGAGGGUAUGCGGGGGAAGGAGAAGGCAGGCGAGAGAGCAGAGCAUCAGCAGAGGCGGAGAGUGCAGGGUUCCGCCCUGCAGCCACCCCCGCACACUCAGAGCACACCGCGCUGCGCAUAUCAGGAGGGCCCUACCACACGUUAGGUGCGAGGUUAGGUGCCGUACCCCUAUCAUCCGUCCCCCCCCCUUUGCCUGGCUGCGACCCUCCUUCUGCUGCAUCCAGUGGUUCCGCGUGGCCCCAGGGGGGUUCCACGCUUUGGAUCCCCACCCCAUACCAUGCUUUGGAUCCGCAACCCAUACCCGGUGCAACGGGCACAACAUACCAAGCUGACGUGGCAGACGCGCAUCAGUGCCUCAUGCUGGAGCUGCGGCCCCUGCCCGCCCAAGACGUGCACUCCCAGCAACAGGAGGGGGAAGCGGAAAGGGAUGGGGAGGAGGUGGUGCUGCGAGUGCUGUCGCCGCAAGUGCUCGUUGACCCCGCAGUGGCGAGGGAUGUGGAUCUCAUAGUCGCAGCAGGCAGCACCAAAGUGGAGACACAUGACGUGGGGCGGUCGGGCCGGAGGGAGCACCGAGUGGUGGACGCCAGUAGAAAGCGGUUCAAAGUGGUGAAGCUCACUGCACUCGCUGCCAUCAACCGAGUGGAAGUCAGAGCAACCUACGACCCGCCCUUCAGGGUAACACUCACGGCUCAGGUGGAGACAGAACCGGGUGAGCGGGAGCGCAUGUGCGUGGUGGUGAGUGCAGAGAGGGAGGUGCAACUCACACUGCCCUCCUCCCCCUUCCUCUUCCAUCCUCUCCCAUCUCUCAUUGCACCACGUGUGGAAACAGAACCGAAUGAACGGGAGCGCAUGCGGGUGGUGGUGAGUGCGGACAAGGAGGUGGAACUCACACUUCCCUCCUCCCUCUCCCACCCCCUUCCUCUCCCAUCUCUCAUUGCACCCGUGUGCCAUCAGGUGGAAACAGAACCAGGCGAGCGGGGGUGUAUGCGGGUGCUGGUGACUGCAGGCAAGGAGGUGGAAACUGAGCCGGCCGAGCGGGAGCGCAUGCGUGUGGUGGUGGAGACAGAACCAAACGACCGGGAGCGCAUGUGCGUGGUGGUGAGUGCAGAAAAGGAGGUGCAACUGACACUGCCCUCCACCCCCUUCCUCUCCCAUCUCUACUUGCACCACGUGUGCCAUCAGGUGGAAACAGAACCGAAUGAACGGGAGCGCAUGCGGGUGGUGGUGAGUGCGGACAAGGAGGUGGAACUCACUCUGCCCUCGCAGCGAGCCCGGGAUGUCAUGGUGCUCUGCCUGCGUGCCUUCAUGCAGCAGCACCGCACUGCCAAGCACCAUUAA